AUGGCGGCUGAGCGUAGUCGUCACACAUACGAGGCUGCAACGCGGCAACUGGUGGACUUCUUACAUACAGUGAAUUCUACCUUGAAUAUGACUUCUAAUCACAGUACAAGGGCAAGUCCUGCAAGCCCCACUACCUCCUUAUACUCUGCUGCAAGCCCUGCCAUCACUAUACCUUCAGCAACAACAGCAGCUGGGUCAUCUAAGUUCAUACAAGAUGAUGGGGAUCCACCUUAUAGGCUGGCAAACAGUAAAACUCCAUCUCCAGACUUAAUACCAAGUUCAUCUUCUCACAGCUUUGGACCAGUGAGAAGAAACUCUGAUGCUGUUAGAAAAGCAGGAAGUGUAUGGGCACUUCCAACUCAGUCAGGAAAUCCUCGAAGAGUGAGCCGUGCUCUCAGUACCUACUGUGUAGCAUCUACUGCCUCUGGAACCAGCCAUAGUAAUGCAGUAUCUUCAGCAAGCCACGAUAGAGGACGGGCACUCACCUCAGAAUUUUUGGCAACCCGUGCUAAGGAACUUAUUGCCUCCCUCAAGUCGCUUAUGAGAAGUGAUAGUGUCUUGAAGCUCAACCUGGAACCAAAGAAGUCAGACUCAUCUGUAAACAGAGAUGGUAGCACCAGCAGGAGUAUGAAGAGUGAAGGAGGGUGUGUUGCCUCUGUAUCAGAUACAGAUCACAAUACUAAGACAGUGUCUUAUCAUGCUGCUGCUGCUGCUGACCCCAGACCAGUUGCCAGGAAAAAAGCCUACCCAGAUGUUGACAGUAGUCCAAUUGACAGAGACCAAAAUAUUUUAUCAAGCAAAAGUGAUGCUAGUCCAGAAGUAAGCCAAAAUUUAAUUAGCACAAAUGCUACCACAGUGGCUCCAAGAAUAACUAACAGCACAGCCAGGGAAGAUAUAUUACAAACACAGUCUUCCAUGAGGAUGAAUGGUAACCCACAGCCACUGAGCUUAAUGGUGGUGGGUGAGUCUUCUUCAACUCAUGAUGAUCAACACUUCUCUUCCCUCCCAAACCGGAGCCGUGUAUCAGGAACUCUCAACGACUCUGACCACCGUCUCGUCUGGGUUUAAAUCUUAUUAUCUGCAAAUGACAGUUUUAUUGCUAGCACAUAUGCUUACAGUAUAUAAGACUAUGCAUUGAGCUUUCACCAUACUCUAGUAAAGAUGCUUUAUUUUAAGGAUGCAGCUUUUUGCUGAGGUAUUCAGUAAUUAAAGUGUUUUUAAUAUUUUAUACAUGAAUAGUUCCCUUCACCAUUCAUGAUCACACAUGUUCAGUAGUGAGU